CACGGGGCUGCACAGGCGCUCAGGCAGUGAGGAAACAGAGGCAGAGCAGCUUUGCACCACUUUUUUUUACUGAGACUGUUAUUUACUAUAAAAGCGUCACUUCAGCAGCAGCAGCCGCACUGAAAAGACGAGGAAGAAGAAGAGAAGCGUCUUCAUCCGCGGAGGAACGAGGUGAGGGAAGAAGUGUGGAUGUAAGAAUCAAAGUGCUGGAAAAGAAGAAGAAGAAGAAGAAGAAGGAGAAGAGGAAAAAGACGCACACGGCGGAGUGGGAGGAAAAACGCAACUCUGCCUGAUGUAUCUCGAUGAUGCCGAGGAUCCAGUUUCUGCUCCGGAUUCACGUCCACAACAAGUGUGAAGCCAGAAGAUGACUGCAGCCAGUCCAGUCUGCAGCACCGCCUCCUCCCACUCCUCACCUGCCUGUCUCCCAGCAUGCCACAGGCACCUGAGGAUAGGCAAGGCCUUCCAGACCAAGCUGCCCCUGCGCUCUGCCCCCGGCGUGUGGCUUCUCCUGGGCGUAGUGGUGGUCGUGGUGGGCAUGAGCGUGGCAGUGGCGGGCUAUGUGUCCGCCGAGCCGAAGCCCGUGGGAGGCCGUGGCAGCACCCACGCCGAGAGGAUGAAGCUGACGGGGCCCGUGGUCAUGGGGGUGGGCCUGUUCAUCUUCAUCUGUGCUGCCACGCUGCUGUACGAGAACCGGGACCAGGAAGUCCUCAAAUACGAGACGUCUGACGACCUGGAGGACCUGAAGGGGAGGAACAGCUGGGAGGACUCGCAGGAGCAGCCCAGCUUCGGCUGCCAGGAGCAGUGGGAGUGUAAAGACACAGAGCAGGGAUCCUGGGCUGCUCCAGCCCACACACUCCCACUCUCAAACCAGAGCUGGGGGCCUCCUCUUCCUCCUGCUCUGCCUCGCACCAACAGACACACCAUCAGCAGCAGCACAACAUCUCUGAAUGCAGGAGGUGGAGGCAAGGAGAAGGUGGACAUAGAGGAGGAGGAGAAGGAGGAGGGAGGGUCAACCCUACUGGCCCGAGUCUUGCACCAUCAGGAACCGACUCCUCACCCACCUUCCCCCUGCCUGUCCAUCUCCCACUCCGCCGUCUGCUCGGACUCCUGCAACUCCAGUGAGAUCCACUUCAACAUACGGACAGACUCUCCUCUGCCGCAUCAACACUGAACCCCCCCCCCCCCAGGUUCAGCUUCUGCUGUCUCAUGAAACAUGCAUGACGAGGCGCAUUCUGAAGUUUUCAUGUGCAGACACAGACUAUGCAUUCCUCAACGAACUCACGAAGCGUGAGCUUGUACGUUUUAGUCCCUCGGAGGGGCUCUGAGGCUCUGAGUCACUGUCUCGGAAGGUUUAUUUUUUUUUUACCCCACAUUGUUCCCUGACUCACUCGCAUUUAAAAGAUUGGAGCUAUGCUGUUUGAUGUCAACUCAGCAUCUUGUACGACUUUGAUCGCUCCCGUGCCCAAGAAUCCUUAAAGCCACUGCUUUCCUGACCAUAUUUGGACGCAAGGAGGUUUGCUGAAAAGUUAUUUGGGUGCCACACUCAACUUUAGGCUUUCCCUCUUUCCCUCUCUCACACACACACACACUCACUCACUCACUCACUCACUCACUCACUCACUCACUCACUCACUCACUCACUCACUCACUCACUCACACAAAAGCAUCUACAUUUCUCUGCUUAAGAGGUUCACUGAAGAGGAUGAGCUAGAUUAGGGCUCAAAUGAGUCUUUAUCUGAUCUCACACACACUGUAAUCUGCUCUUUAUCUGAGAAAAUUGCGUCUCGGUAUAAACAAGAGAAACACACACACACACACACACACACACACACACACACACACACACACACACAGAGGCCACACUCCUCUCACUCCCCACCUACAGCCCCGCUAUAAAUACCAGCUGAUGCGUUGUGCAAGUUUGGACUCCACUUCUAGUUUUGGGUUUUACAGUAAUUCAAAACGUGUUUGUGAUUCCCACCGCUCAGCUGCUCAGUUCUGUCGAGCGUGGCGAGUCGAAAUCUUCAAGAGUUUGGAGAGAGAGAAAAAGAAAAGAGCAAAAAUCUGGUGAGGCUGGGACGAGUUAUUCCUGACGCAGCGCAACGGAGAGAAGCUGUCCUCUCUCCCACCAUCACGACCUUUCAUCUCCUCUCUCUUCAUCACCACCGCUUUCCUACGCGUUAUUCAAAUCCUCCUCAAUCCUCCUGCUGCAACCCCCCCCCCUGCAAAAAUAAAGAAAUAGGGCACAAAAACAAUGCAGAGUGAAAAAUGUUAUCAGGGAAAGUUAGGCCAAAUGAGUGUGUUCAGUCGGAGGGGUACGCAGGGUUUAAAGGUUUCAGGAUUUUAAUUAUCACCAGCAUUUUCUCCUGCAGCCUCUAAUUACACCGGGGAUCGGUGUGAAGGUUUUUAUAGGUGCUUCAGGACUGCAGAGUAUUUCCUUGUUGUUCGGGCCCAUGCUGGGAUCCGGCCAUCCAGAUGACGAGCGAGACUGAAGUGUACAGUCAUUUGCAGCCACACAUUUUUCUCACUAAAAACAUCACCCCUCACACACAAACACACAUUCACACACACAAUCAGUCGGUGGAGGGCUUUGUGUAGGUGCAGUGAACAUGUAUUUUUCAGUGGCCGGGAUGAUUCGGAGAGACGUGUGUAAAUCCUGCAACGAGCCGCGAGCAGAGUCCUCCGCUCUCAUCGCUCGGAGGAGCAGCUCCCUCCUCAGCCUCGCUCACACACACACACCACAGCCCUCAGUGUGGCAUCAUGGGAAGCAGUGGUGGAUCGAGGAUUCCUUCGACUUAAGGGGCCAUAAAGGGGCCACAAUUUACCCAGAGGGGGCAAUUAUAGGUCCAAAGUCAACGCACAAGUCCUGAUUCAGAAAGGUGCCUACUGAAGUCAUUCCUUGUUUAUGUUUUUGAUUCAAAGCCACACAUCUCUGAAUAUAUUGAAAAAAUUGCUCCUCAUUCCAGCACAUUAUGUUCUUCAAAAAAUCUUAGAAAUAGGUUGUUUUCUUUAAAUCACAUUGUCAUGUUUAUUGUUUGUAUUGUUAGGUUAUAAAAAGGAAAAGACUACUGUCAGGACAGGGGUACUACAGGGGCUAAUCCGAUUUGAGCUUGGGCCAGUGCCCCCCUGGUCCCACCCCGGGAUCCACCACUGAUGACAGAAAGAUAAUGGUUUGUUGAGCUGAAGCUGAUGUUUUCUUUAACGAUUAACCUGCAAAUAAUGUCCUGGAUUACUGUCAUUUGUUUUUGUCUUCACUCACUCAGAGUUCUGCAAUAAACCCGACAUUCAUGAA